GGUAGUAGCUCCUUUCCCUAUAAGCUAGGUGGUAGUAGCUCCUUUCCCUAUAAGCUAGGUGGUAGUAGCUCCUUUCCCUAUAAGCUAGGUGGUAGUAGCUCCUUUCCCUAUAAGCUAGGUGGUAGUAGCUCCUUUCCCUCUAAGCUAGGUGGUAGUAGCUCCUUCCCUAUAAGCUAGGUGGUAGUAGCUCCUUUCCCUCUAAGCUAGGUGGUAGUAGCUCCUUUCCCUAUAAGCUAGGUGGUAGUAGCUCCUUUCCCUAUAAGCUAGGUGGUAGUAGCUCCUUUCCCUCUAAGCUAGGUGGUAGUAGCUCCUUUCCCUAUAAGCUAGGUGGUAGUAGCUCCUUUCCCUCUAAGCUAGGUGGUAGUAGCUCCUUUCCCUAUAAGCUAGGUGGUAGUAGCUCCUUUCCCUAUAAGCUAGGUGGUAGUAGCUCCUUUCCCUAUAAGCUAGGUGGUAGUAGCUUCCUAUAAGCUAGGUGGUAGUAGCUCCCUCUAAGCUAGGUGGUAGUAGCUCCUUUCCCUCUAAGCUAGGUGGUAGUAGCUCCUUUCCCUAUAAGCUAGGUGGUAGUAGCUCCUUUCCUUCUAAGCUAGGUGGUAGUAGCUCCCUAUAAGCUAGGUGGUAGUAGCUCCUUUCCCUCUAAGCUAGGUGGUAGUAGCUCCCUAUAAGCUAGGUGGUAGUAGCUCCUUUCCCUAUAAACUAGGUGGUAGUAGCUCCUUUCCCUCUAAGCUAGGUGGUAGUAGCUCCCUAUAAGCUAGGUGGUAGUAGCUCCUUUCCCUCUAAGCUAGGUGGUAGUAGCUCCUUUCCCUAUAAGCUAGGUGGUAGUAGCUGCCUAUAAGCUAGGUGGUAGUAGCUCCUUUCCCUCUAAGCUAGGUGGUAGUAGCUCCUUUCCCUCUAAGCUAGGUGGUAGUAGCUCCUUUCCCUCUAAGCUAGGUGGUAGUAGUUCCCUAUAAGCUAGGUGGUAGUAGCUCCUUUCCCUCUAAGCUAGGUGGUAGUAGCUCCUUUCCCUAUAAGCUAGGUGGUAGUAGCUCCUUUCCCUAUAAGCUAGGUGGUAGUAGCUCCUUUCCCUAUAAGCUAGGUGGUAGUAGCUUCCUAUAAGCUAGGUGGUAGUAGCUCCUUUCCCUAUAAGCUAGGUGGUAGUAGCUCCUUUCCCUCUAAGCUAGGUGGUAGUAGCUCCUUUCCUUCUAAGCUAGGUGGUAGUAGCUCCCUAUAAGCUAGGUGGUAGUAGCUCCUUUCCCUCUAAGCUAGGUGGUAGUAGCUCCCUAUAAGCUAGGUGGUAGUAGCUCCUUUCCCUAUAAGCUAGGUGGUAGUAGCUCCUUUCCCUAUAAGCUAGGUGGUAGUAGCUCCUUUCCCUAUAAGCUAGGUGGUAGUAGCUCCUUUCCCUAUAACUAGGUGGUAGUAGCUCCUUUCCUAUAAGCUAGGUGGUAGUAGCUCCUUUCCCUAUAAGCUAGGUGGUAAGUAGCUCCCUUUCCCUAUAAGCUAGGUGGUAGUAGCUCCUUUCCCCUAUAAGCUAGGUGGUAGUAGCUCCUUUCCCUAUAAGCUAGGUGGUAGUAGCUCCUUUCCCUAUAAGCUAGGUGGUAGUAGCUCCUUUCCCUCUAACUAGGUGGUAGUAGCUCCUUUCCCUAUAAGCGUAGGUGGUAGUAGCUCCUUUCCCUAUAAGCUAGGUGGUAGUAGCUCCGUUCCCUAUAAGCUAGGUUGGUAGUAGCUCCUUUCCCUAUAAGCUUAGGGGCCUUCCUUAAGGCUAGGUAUAGUCGCUCCUUUCCCUCUAAGCUAGGGUGGUAGUAGCUCCUUUCCUUCUAAGCUAGGUGGUAGUAGCUCCCUAUAAGCUAGGUGGUAGUAGCUCCUUUCCCUCUAAGCUAGUGGUAGUAGCUCCCUAUAAGCUAGUGGUAGUAGCUCCUUUCCCUAUAAGCUAGGUGGUAGUAGCUCCUUUCCCUAUAAGCUAGGUGGUAGUAGCUCCUUUCCCUAUAAGCUAGGUGGUAGUAGCUCCUUUCCCUAUAAACUAGGUGGUAGUAGCUCCUUUCCCUCUAAGCUAGGUGGUAGUAGCUCCUUUCCCUAUAAGCUAGGUGGUAGUAGCUCCUUUCCCUAUAAGCUAGGUGGUAGUAGCUCCUUUCCCUCUAAGCUAGGUGGUAGUAGCUCCUUUCCCUAUAAGCUAGGUGGUAGUAGCUCCUUCCCUAUAAGCUAGGUGGUAGUAGCUCCUUUCCCUCUAAGCUAGGUGGUAGUAGCUCCUUUCCCUAUAAGCUAGGUGGUAGUAGCUCCUUUCCCUAUAAGCUAGGUGGUAGUAGCUCCUUUCCCUAUAAGCUAGGUGGUAGUAGCUCCUUUCCCUAUAAGCUAGGUGGUAGUAGCUCCUUUCCCUAUAAGCUAGGUGGUAGUAGCUCCUUUCCCUAUAAGCUAGGUGGUAGUAGCUCCUUUCCCUCUAAGCUAGGUGGUAGUAGCUCCUUUCCCUAUAAACUAGGUGGUAGUAGCUCCUUUCCCUCUAAGCUAGGUGGUAGUAGCUCCUUUCCCUAUAAGCUAGGUGGUAGUAGCUCCUUUCCCUCUAAGCUAGGUGGUAGUAGCUCCUUUCCCUAUAAGCUAGGUGGUAGUAGCUCCUUUCCCUAUAAGCUAGGUGGUAGUAGCUCCUUUCCCUAUAAGCUAGGUGGUAGUAGCUCCUUUCCCUCUAAGCUAGGUGGUAGUAGCUCCUUUCCCUCUAAGCUA